AUGGCUAUCGGUAAAAAGGAUACCCACCUGUUCAAGCGUCUGUCGAGGCGGCACCUAGGUGCGAACCCAGUCAAUACAACUCGCGAGUUAAGAGGCUGUUCGGAUGUAGAAACAGUCAUGAAGUGUAGAUUAGAAGGCUCGCCAAUGGUGCCCGCAAAUGACCAGCACUGUGGCAUGAGGUUAUUGCGAUUUCAAUUUCUUGUUCCCAUUCCUGCUAGUCUACCGGGAACCAUGAAGACAAUGGUCGGGGAAGUGUCCUACUCGCUCACAGCCACCGUAACCUGGCCCUCAGGAACCUCGACAAGCACAACGAGACCGAUCCAGAUAGUUCGUCGCGUGCUUCCUGGUCCCGGUCACGGUGUCAGCCACAUUCGAAACUAUCAUGGGGCAACAUUGUCAACAGAACUGUGCCUGAUGCCAGAAACAUCUGCAGACCCAAGUGCCACCAGAUUAACAUACUCUGCCAGCCUUAUCGCGCGUCGAACAACUGCCCCAGGCGAUCGGCCUAUGGAAAUAAAGUAUGUGGUCAUCAAGGAGCUCAGGUGGUGGCUGGAAGAGACAGUCCGGUUGAUGACCGUCACUACUGUCGGUGGGCACGAGGACACCACGACAUGCGAGAAGCAAUGCGUACGCCAAGUAGGACGCGGGACACAGAAAGGGCGAUGGACUGCUAGCAGGAGCCUGCCAACGACUCAGUCGAACUCAGAAGACGACAGCUUAGAAAUAUCUUCAUAUCGUGUCUCCUCCGCGCCAGAGCUUCCAAACCAAACAAUUUCGGAACCUCCUCGACCUUACAGACCAUCUACCAAGAAGAGGGCGAUUACUGUUGGGCAUCAACUAAAACUUGAGAUCAUCACAGGCGAGGACACUUACCACCAGGAAACAAGGAGCCUGCUGGAUCGAAAACGGCUGUGGAAAUCCUUCAAGGCGUUUUACCCUCUUUCCCUACACGAAGUGACGACUGGUGAAGGCCUGCCCGAGGGUCUUCUGCAUGAAAACCCAUCUCUCCCGCAAUACGAGGACGGAUCUGCAAUGCCACCAACUUAUGAUCUCUCGCUAUGA